CCUUCCCCGUCCCACCGCCGUUUCCUUUCCGAGCGACCCUUUUGUCAGGUUGUCCUUUUCACUCGGCGGGAUUAUCGAUCCUGCCACGCACUCGUUUUAUUUCCUCUCGGCGCACAGGUGUAUGUAUGCACCUGAAAAAGGACAGAUCUAAAAUUGACACCGCGGAUUGGUUUCUGGGUCGCCAGCCAAAAGCGGGCGACCCCGUUCGAAAGUAAAAGCGGAUACUUGGCGCCGAGUGUUAAUAACCUCUCGCCGUUGUCACGAGGAGUUUCGCACGCGUGCCUGCAAACAUGUCAUGUGUGCACGGAGAACAUUGAGGAUUCGUUGACUCAACCUGUGCUCGUCACUCCGCGCGUCUCGAUUUAAUGCCCCUUUGUUGUACGUCGCACGUACGUUCCCCAGUCUACGCCCAGAGUCUCUAUGGCACUGUGGUCCUGGACGGUGACUCCUGGCUGGUUUACUGGCUGGAUCGCGCCUUGCGCCACGGGCUGCGUGUAGAGAGACACGGAUACUGGGGCACAGCUAGGGAGCUCAGUCACCAGGACACCGUCGUGGUCAUACACGCCUUGCAGAGCGUACUAACUUCUAUAGGGAAAGGUCGAGCAUGGCUCUACCACACUCUGAGCGAGGGCAGUUUUGAGAGCUAUCUGGCCUGUUUACUGCGGGACACGAAGACGUUAAAGAAGCAGUACUUUCCGCACGCACUCGUGAGAGAUGCCGAUAAAACCAAUCAAUUGGUUAAUCUUCUCGCCGGUCUGGAAAACGUGUCCUUCACAUUGCAAUUGGAUGUGACAUAUUUGGACAUUUGCAACUACUUGCCGCAGAGGCCUAUGAGCGUAAAUCCAUCGGGUACAGUCUUGUCGUUGCAUCUACGAUCCUCUAGCGUUUCGUCGAGCCUAGCUUCCCCUGGCGACAGCGGCGUUGCGUUCGAUAGCGAUAUGGAUGUUGCAAACGAAACCGACGGCAGCAGCUACAAAGAGGAGGACUAUUCAAUGGACGAUAUCCCGAAAUACCGAAAUAACAGGUACAAGACGAUUAUCAACAAUCGCAUGGAGGACAAUAAGAAUUUUGGAUCGAGCGACUCGAGCGAGGACGGCAAAACGCCGACGCAGUCACCGGCGAUUACCAAAUUUCAGACCGCGAUGAUGACGAAGAACGACAUAGUUAAUCAGAAUGUAACGCGGAAGCUGGACGACAAUGAAAUGAAUUGCUCCAGUUUGGAAACUCUUAAGGACUACGAUUUCUACAGCAAGAGUCUGGACGAGACAAAAUUGGACGAGACGAACAAGAUUGAUAACGGCGUGAAGGAUUUCAGUAAGAGAGGCACCUACUACGGCGACAGUCCCGCUUAUAGUUUUAAGAAGAACCUAGAUUCUCGUAAUUCUUAUCUGAUAAAUAACGACACGAAUCUGUUAGAGCUGAGCAUGACCAUCUCCGAUUGUGACAACAUGGACGCGCCUUACGGCAUUCUGAACACGAUCAAUAUGUCCGACACCAGCAUUCUGUCUUCCUCCAGCUCGGAGGCCAUAGUACAACGUAGGCAGCGUAAAAAGAAGCGGGGCGAAAGCAAGAAGCGUGUCAGCUUCCACGAGGAUAUUCUGAAAACGAUGAAGCUGGAAGACGACGAGAACUUUGCCGAUUUCUCCAUGAGUUUCUUGCUGCCCAGUUCCGUUCUCAAGAGAGACGCUCAGAAAGGCAGGUACAGUUGGUGCGCGCACGGGGACUCGCCGUACACGCAGAAGGACGCGAAUGCUGGCAGGAACGUGCACUCGGACUGCUACUCGUUCUCGUCGUCGUCGUCGAGCGCGUACGACGGUGACGGGGCUGACAAGGAUCUGUCGAAACUGUGUAUCGACAUGCCGUGUCAGCGCAAUUGCAGGUGCAGCUGCAGUUUAUCGUUAUCGGAGCGCGGAGCGCCGGAGGGCCAGGAGGACCCGGGCAAGAGUCUGAGGCCUAAGAUGGAGAUAGAAUUGGGAGAGAACGAGGCCCAGGAAGCCUACAUCGUCGAGAAGGCGUACGGUAACAUUGUCGAGGAUCCACCAUCGAAGCUGGAGAUGCCGCAGUCGGUGAAUCCGAGGAAAUAUGCCAAUUCGAACGAUUGGUCGGACGCGGACAGCGUCACCACGUCCGACUUGGAUGAGCGCAAGGGUAAUCGACACUUGGUCUCACCGUCAAAGAAGCGCAACGUGACGGCGAUAUUGACUGGUGAGAGUAGCAGUAAGCUCUUGGCGCCGCCUUUGCGCCAGGCACCGUCGAAGACGUCGUUACUGAGCAGAUUUCUAAAGUCGAUUACCGAGAGAAAGUUUGAGAUCAAGAAGAACAAGAAGCCGCCGAAGACGAAUACCUUGUACAUCAAAGGCAUCAAGAUGAGCUACGAUUCCUUCAAGGAUUUCAACGAUAAUCUCGACAAGGAGAUCCAAGAGAACGUGGCUGCCGAGAAGCAGGAGUUCAGCGGCGAGAAAGUGAGCCUAAAGCUGCGCGAGCUUUUUAAAAGACAUAUCUACCGCGACAAAACAGAGGAGCUAUACAAAGUAUAUAAAGUGCGAAGCUCGUACAUGACAAACGGCGAGAGCAAGCCGAUGAUCGCGUUGUUGACGGACAAAACGCUGUAUUUAACCGGUUCGAAAAUGGACCAUUCUUAUAGUAAUCAGUUCGUUAUUCCUUAUAACGAACUCGAUGUUAUUAUGAUCGGCCCGAAUGCACAAAGUAUUUUAAUUUCCAACGCCGAUUGCGAAAUGCAAUAUCUAUUUUCCACUGGCAGCUCGCAAACUACCUCAGAAUUAAUCGGCCACUUGGAGAUGGCCAUGAGACGAUCGCCGACGAAACCGAGGCUUCCUGCUGUUAAAGAACUGAAUUACGAAGAUAUGCACAUCCUGAGGAGUUCAAUUCUUACCGAUACAGCUGUGCAUCCCGACGAGAAAAUAGAACAUUACAGUCUUAUUUAUAUGGAAGACGAACACAUUUCGCCGCCUAGCACGCCGUGUGGGCCAACGAAGGAGGGCGAUCUCAUGUUCCGGCCGCACACCUACCAGCACUUGCAUCCGAACGCGCCCACGCAUCCCUGGGAAGCCGGCUAUUUCGUGCUGAAGGGCGGUGUGGUCUAUAUGUUCACGGAUUCGAAUCAGCGGCUUCCCAAGCGCGCUAUACCGUUGAAAGGCGGCUUAUGCCAAGGCUGCAGAAGGAUUCCCAAUUCUCAUCGGCCGCACACCUUCGAGAUACUGCUGAAGCCCAACAAGUCGUACCAAUUCGCUGCGCCGGACGAAUACGUGGCUUCCGAAUGGCUGCAGAGCUUUGUUCAGAGCGCGUCGGGUCUGUUCGAUAGUACGGAGAAGAGAGAGCCGUUACCUUGCAGCCUUGUCACCACCACGAAACACUUGGUGGCGAUGAAAGAGGUCCAUCCUGGCACGCAGAGGGGCCAAACGCUCUCGUGCGCUUCCAUCAAGGAUCUAGCGGCAUUCAGAGUGCCAUUGGUGCAGCAAUCGUGGUGUAUACUGGAAUUUGCAUGUCGGGAGGUGCUCGAAAGUAGCGGCGAUUGGGUCAUUUACUUCACGAAUUAUACCGAGCUUUGCGCUUUUAAAGAGGUCUUGGAGACAUUGUGGACAGACGCAAACUUGGGUGAGUUUCCUAUGACAACACUUCCACCGGAGGAUAAAUUACAGCGGCGUUGCUCGGAUGCCAGCAGGGACCUGGAACACGCCUGGCGGUGCUUGCUGCCACCGGCUUUAGAAUAAGUGGAAGAUGUACCAGUAGACAAUACGUAUGUACACCGUCAUUUGAGAAAUUAUUUUAUCAUAUUGCCAUAAAAGGGACUCGUAAAGCAGAACUUUUGGUAACGCAUACGAAUAGCCAGGUAGCUAUAUCUCGAACACUGAUCUAUCGUAUGCCAAAGAUAAACGGCUUAUACAACAUAAUACGAAUCUUAUUUCUUGCUUCUGUUGCAAAUUAAAUGCCAUAUAUCUAUCUUGGAACUAGAAGCAUCGGUGUUAUUUUGUGGCUUACAAGUAGAAUUAUAGGUGCCCUUGUUUGAGCUGAUUUAUGGCAUAAUAUGAUAAAUUUCUAAUUUCAAGAUAUAAAUAUAUGUGCGAUAUAUUCUCGCUAUAUUGCGAUGUUGAUGGGAGAUUGAACAUUAUCUUACAUAUAAGAUAUAAGUUGCCUCAAACGUAUAGAUAACUAUUUAGGAAAAUCGCAAAACGGUGCAUUACCUUCUUGUAGCGUAAAUCACCAUGAUAAGCUACUAUUAAUUUAUAAUAACGCAGAGAAUGUAAUAUAAUAAUUGUGAGACAUUGGUAUUGAUUACUAUAUGAAUGUCUAUAUAUUCACAUGUAUUGAAGAGACGAACCAGUAUGCAUUUGAAUACGCACGAUUGAUAUUAAAGUAGAUAUUUAUCGUCUGAGAUAAUAUUAUAAAAUUCAGAAUCACAUUUAAAACAGCUUUGACAAGGAAUAAUAGAACUUUAUAAAUCGCUUUUGAAAUAGGUAUAUAAUUUAACACAUUCCUCUAUUGCUAUUUAUAAUUGUAAAUCAAUUUUACUUUUAGCAUCGGAACUUUCUAUGUAUCACCUUGUGGUAUGGGACAUAUCACAGGACAUAAGUUGCUAAAUUUUACUCCUUGAUUCUUUUAACGAAGUGAGGUAUGACCAUAAUAAUUGUAUUAUAUGCAUCACGUAAUUUAGUUUAAUAUAGUGCAAUAUUAAGUUAAUUCAUUGUAUAGGUAUCAACUUAUGUUGCAUCAUGCAUUGUAUUAAAGUUUUUAAAUAAUUUUCGUUUUAUGAGAUGAUUUAUGAGAGCGAAUUAAAGUUGAUACACAAAGAUGAUACCAAAAUGAUUAUAAAUAAUUUACGUGUCGAUAAUUAUUUAAAAAAUGCUUAUACUAUAUAUACAUAUAUAAAUAUAAAUAUAAAAGUGCAAUAUAUAAGAAAAGCUGUACAUGAAAAUGAAUUUUAUUUGUGAUAUAAUAAUAUUAACACGUAUACAUAUAUCGACAUCGUUGGGAAUAAGAUAUCUGUUAUGAUCUUUUUUAAGUUGUCAAAUCUUGUGUUACCAAAGCUACAUGAACGGAUGCACUUUGACUAUUCUUGUGAAUAAAUAUUUAACUUUUGCAUUACUUCAUGUAGCUCAGUAGUCAGUACGUGAUUGUGAUAUGGCAUUAAGUAAUAAAUGUCAGCUGUUAAGUUCAUGAGAUUCCUGUGUGAGAUUUAUGUAAAAAUUAAACGGACAAGUACCGCGCGGAAACAAAAAUCUGUUUUAUAUGUUAGGGCUGUGUGAAGAGUAUGCGGAGUUCAAUUUUCUACAAGUUACAGCCAGCAUGUUUUAAAUGUUACAUCCGUAUGCCUUUCACACAUACACACACAUACAAAUUCUGUAUCACCAUACACAACCUGCAAGUUAUGAUAAAUUAAUAAAAGUAUACAGAGAGAA